GUUUAUGUUUUUUAAAUAAAAGUAUAGUUUAAGGUUAAAGUUUUAAUCUUUAUCAAUAAUUAUGUAGUAAUAAAUGAACAGCUCAUUUUUGGGGUAUUGAAGUUACUGCUACAGUAGACUAGUGUCCUGUGUUGUUCCAGUUUCCUCUAGGCAAAGUUUGUGACCACUCAUUUCUCUGUUUUUGUACCCAACAAAGUGUAGUGUGAAGUGGGGUAAAAGGGUUUUCAGGGUUUACUUCAAUUUUUUUGUUUUUGUGUUGUCAGCUUUGUCACUUAACAAUCUGGUGUUUACAUUUGAGUUUUACCAUCUCUUAAAGGAUCUUGGUCAAUAGAUUUUCUUGGUUUUGCUAUAGUGGAGCAGAAGUUGAAUUCAGGAUCUUGGUGAAUAGAUUUUCUUGGUUUUGCUAUAGUGGAGCAGAAGUUGAAUUCAGCACCCUCUUGACAAACACUGUUUGAAGCAACAGUUGCUGGCUGAUUGAUAUUAGAGUUGAAGUUUUGGAUGCUUCUGAUGACGCUUAAACCGUGGCUUGCCAUAUCUAUACUAUUUACUUUCUUUAUCUCAAAUGUAAUAGGUGCAUUUGUUGGAAUAAACAUCGGCACUGAUGUUUCAAAUUUACCCCCAGCUUCAGAUGUGGUUGCACUCCUUAAAGCUCGUCAAAUAACUCAUGUGCGCCUAUUUAAUGCUGAUUCUCAUAUGUUGAAUGCUUUAGCCAACACUAGUAUCGAAGUUAUUAUUGGUGUUACGAAUGAAGAAGUCUUAGGGAUUGGAGAAUCUCCAUCAGCUGCAGCUGCUUGGGUAAAUAGAAAUGUAGCAGCUUACAUGCCCGGGACAAAUAUCACGGCUAUUGCUGUGGGAAGUGAAGUUCUCACCGCAAUCCCAAAUGCUGCACCAGUUUUGGUUCCCGCUAUGAAUUACAUACAUAAAGCAUUAGUAGCUUCACGACUAAAUAACCAAGUCAAAGUUUCAACCCCGCAAUCAAUGGACGUGAUUGCUAAGGCAUUUCCUCCUUCCACCGCCUCUUUUAAUUCUUCAUGGAACUCAACGAUCUUCCAGAUCCUUCAGUUUCUAAGAAAUACAAACUCUUAUUACAUGUUGAAUGCUUAUCCAUAUUAUGAGUAUGUUCGCUCUGAUGGAAUCUUUCCAAUUGAAUAUGCUCUUUUCCGACCACUCUCAGCGGUGAAGCAAAUUGUUGAUCCGAACACCUUGUUUCAUUAUGAAAGCAUGUUUGAUGCUUUAGUUGAUGCUACAUACAACUCUAUAGAAGCACUCAACUUUUCAGAUAUCCCUGUUGUUGUGACAGAGACUGGUUGGCCAUGGGCUGGCGGUUCUAACGAGCCAGAUGCUACUAAGGAAAAUGCGGAAACAUUUAAUAAUAACCUGAUUCGGCGUGUUUCAAAUGAUACCGGUCCACCUAGUCAACCUAAAAUUCCCAUUAACACCUUUAUUUACGAGAUGUUCAAUGAAGACAAAAGACCUGGGCCGAUCUCAGAAAGAAGCUGGGGGAUCUUUUCUACGAAUGGGAGCGAUGUUUAUACCCUUGGUCUGGGUUCGUCGGACAGCAUUUCUGACAAUUCUAGUAAAGCUUUUUGUGUAGCAAAACUGGGUGCAGAUGAGAACAAAUUGCAAGACGGAAUUAACUGGGCUUGUGGCCAGGGACGUGCUAAUUGCAGUGCAAUUCAAUCUGGACAGCCUUGUUAUUUCCCAGAUACAUUGCAAAAUCAUGCUUCUUAUGCUUACAACGACUAUUAUCAGAGAAUGCGUAGUCUUGGUGGAACAUGUGAUUUUGAUGGUACAGCAACAAUGACAACACAAGAUCCGAGUUCCAAAACAUGUAAAUUUACAGGAAGUUCGAAUCAAGGUGGUGGGAUGUUUCCUCCGGCAGCAUUUGGACCUAUUGGUGCGACUUCUCAGAGUUCAACGAUUCGAUCGCCUGUUAUUGCUUACACAAUGGUUGUAUUUUUGGCUUUGUUGAUGCUUGAUGUGAAUGCACAUUUUCUUUUCUAGCAUCUUUAGGAAGAGUGGCAUCUUUGCAUUUUUGGAUUCCCUUUUGUGUAUUUUGCAGGAAAAUUGAACCAGCUCUAUUAAUUUGUUAGUUUAGAUGAUUGA